AUGGCUGUCGUCUUAGGACGAAAAAUUAGAAAGCUCAUCGUUGGGGUGGCUCUCUCCGUCGUCGGCUUUGCCAUUCUUCAGUUCAGCUACACCGAUGAUUUUGCCUUUUCCGAGCACUUGCCAGGGUCUCUACAGAUACUGGAUGAUUGUUCUCCUAACGCGCUCGAACGUACCAAUAACCCUCGUCCUGUUGUCGGUUUCGCAAUACCAAACAUUGUCCAUCUAAUAUGGAAAACAACCGACGUCCAAGAAUAUUCCACCGAAAUCACAGCGUCUCGCGCGUCAUGGAGGGCCACGCUUGAGCCCUCGAACUACACAGUUAAGAUAUGGGCUGACGACGAUGUCCUUGAGCUCAUCAAGGCAAAUUAUACUUGGUUGUUGCCGACGUAUAACGAAUAUCCUCACGAUAUUCAACGUGCCGACCUUGCGAGACUGCUCAUCGUCCACACUGAGCAUUUACAAUGCCUCCAAACACUUGGUUUGCAAGCCAUAUUCUCCCGGACGGCAGGCACACUCGGUCUCAGUAACCAUUUCUUUAUGGCCAAGCCUGGAUCUCCAUUCCUGCGGUGGGUGCUCUACGAGGCCAAGCGGCGGAGUAGCAGGCUCGCGUCUCGGGGCAUGAUCCUGCCGUACCUGCAGGUGUUUUGGUCUACAGGACCAAUCAUGGUCACGGCUGCGUUUAGACAAUACGCUUGGCUACACAACACGCUACCGCUCGAUAUAGGGCUGCUCGACCACGGAUUUGGUGGUACGGUGGUACGGCAUGCCGCGGGGCGGUCCUGGCAAUGGGCGGACGGCGGGGCGCUAAAUUAUAUUGCGGAUCAUGCCGGGAUAGGGACAAUGUUAAGAGCUGUUGCAUACUUUUUUACUGUGGUGGGACUUAUCUACAUGGUUAUGAGGUGCAAGAGUAGAUUCACUAGGUGA